UCAUUUUCGUAGGAAUUAUUUCAAGUAUUCUCGUUUUUUCGAUACCAUAAAAAUAGUGAGUUACACCUUUUCCGUAUGCAAAUGAAUUGUUUUAUAAAUGUAUUCUAUUAUUAGGUAUAAAUACACGGUAGUUGAUAAUCUUACUUGGUCGUUUUUGUUAUCUUAAUAAAUGAAAAAGACAGAAACACCCAAAAGUCCGAAUUUUCUCAUACUUCUAGCGUAUUUGGUAAACAAACAUUAUUAUUUAAACUUUGUGACCUACAUAUGUGUAGAUAUGUUUUAUUGCGCACUAAGUAAUUUACAUAGAAAUGAGUGAGACAAUAGAAAAAUUUAGAAAACUAACACAACUUGUCUCCCAAUUGAUAUAAAAUGAAAGUAUACAUGUAGGCAUAUUUUCCCCAUUUAAAAUAUUUAGAUUUAUUGUGCAGUUUUUCUGUAUGUCUAUGGCCCAGCAUAUGUUCCUAUGAUAAAUAAUUGAUCAUUAUGAUUAUAUCCAUUUUACCCAUGUAAAUCUUGUGAGACAUUUGAUCACUACCAAAACAGAAUAAUAUAGAAAAUGAAAAGAAAUUUCCAAGUUUCAUCAGUAAAGUGUAUCUUGUGCAGUGUCUGUUGUCUUGUAUGCUGCAUAGCAAAAUAUUUACAUGGUUGAAAUAAAUUUAAUUUUUUUUAAAUCGCAUUUUAUCCAGUAAUAUAACAAAGAUUAUGUAUCAAAAACAUUUUAUCUACACUUCAAUUUCAUGAGUUAUCUUUUAAAAAGUAAUUAUUGAUCAAAGUUCCCUUCAUAACCCUUGGUUUGCCCUGAAAAGUCUCUGUAAGGUAAUGGCAUAAGAGCAUAAAUUUAACUUUGCAUUUGGUUAAUAUAUCUGUAAUGUACUUCAAAGUAAAGGUGUACUGAAUAUGAAAUAAGUCAAUAUUGUGAUGCUCAACAAAUGUCUGAGGAGUUCUGCAGUCUUCUCACUUCAUCUGGACAUCAUGACCACUAAAGCUUCUCCCAAGAUUAAAGAAUGUCCUUCACCAAAAUUUCCAAUAUGAGUUCCCCAAGGGAUCUUCCUCAGUCUCAGGCAAUGAACAAUGCAGUGAUAUCUGGUUCACCGAGUAAUCAUCAUCACCACUUUCUUAUCCCAAGCCCAGUACCAACUCGCAGAAACAGGACGUUCUCUCAAUCAGAGAGAGCUAAGCAGGGAGAUAUCUACAGAGGGGUUGUGAGGGACUUCUGUAGGCAGAAAGGACAUGGAUUCAUUAUACCCGAGAAUGAGAAAGACACCAUUUUUGUUCAUAUCUCAGAUAUUGAAGGUGAAUAUGUCCCCAAGCCAGGCGAUGAGGUUACAUAUAGAAUCAUUCUGAUUCCUCCAAAGAAUGAGAAAAAGCAAGCAGUGCAUGUCAAAAUUACCCAUCUUGCACCAGGAGUCUCCCACGAGAAAUGGGAUUCUAGCCCGGAUUUGGAAGCUCAGCCCAACUAGAGUCCUGAUUUCACAUCAGUUACUCCCCAGCUCUGAGUGCCAUCACGACAUCAUUUACAGCAUUUUGUUUUAAAUUUCAUUGGACAUUGUACAAUGAUACACUUACAUGUACUUCCUAUUCACGUGCACCUUUAUGGCCAACGCAUAAUUAAAGGAGAUUUUGACCUCUUUUGUAUUGUUAUCUUGUAGUUUUAAAUAAUUUUCAUUGUGCAUAUAUUAAUGAUACAUGCGACAAACAAAUUUUCAAUGCUUGGAUAUCUAUUUAUAGCUCACUUAGCUGAGGGCCAGUAUGAGCUACUGUCAUCACAUCAUGACAUGACAUCUGUUAUCAGUAUUUGUAAACAGUCAUGUUUUAAUCUUUUUAUCCAGAACAGCUGUACUUCUUUCUUGGUACAAAUGUUCCUUUUGUGGUCUUGCAGAAUUGUUGUUACUUUUCGGACAGAUCCAGAUUUUGAUAUGACGAUCCUGGUAAUUGAUUGGAUGAGACAAUUAGAAACCAUCUCCAAAAGGCCUGUGUACCUGGAGUUACCUUCACUUGGCAUUUAUCAUCUGUUGCCUGUCUGUUAUGAGUGUAUGCAAUCAAUUUCAUUUCAUUCUUUUAUGGAGUAGCCAUAUCCCUAUGCACAUUACUCGUCAAAAACGUUCUAUAGAAUUGAAAUUUCACUUUUGGGGGUUAUCCAAAUAUCAAUAUGCUGUCGUGGCAUUUGAUAGGUUGAAGUUAAUAAAGGCAGCUGAGGAAUUCAGGCUCUAAGCACCUCCCGCUCCUUCUGUAGUUUGGUUGCAAACACUUUAUUUAUAGCCUUAUUAUGUUAAAAAUCUUCAGGAAACCACAUCUUGUACAAUGAUGAAAAUAAGGUUUUUACAAAUUAAGUGUGAUUUCUCUUUUUAUCUUCUACAUGUAUUGUCAUUUUUGUAAUAUGGAGAAUUUGUGAUAAUGAUUGAUUAUUCAUUUGAUUCAAACAUGAGUAUUUAGUCAUUAUGAAGCACAUGUAUAUUAAAUACACAUACAUCAGAGGAAAGUUUGUUUGUGAUAUGUAUCCUUGAUAUUUUACAUCGUAUAGUCAUAGUAUCUGUGCUGUAGCUUUAUGUAGAUGAUUAUUUUGUAGAAAAAAGAAAUAACAAAUAAUUUUCCACCUGGGUCCAAUGAAAACUGGACCACUGUAUACACAGAACCGGGUAUUCUUAUUUUGCUUCUUUCUUUUUUUUUCUUUCAUGAAUGAUGCUGCACUGAUUAAAAAGACUGAAGAUUAUCAUGUCAAAAAUACUUCAUUGUUAAAGUACAAUUUAGGAACAUUGUACAUCUUCUGUGUAACAUAUUAAAAAUUGGUUAUCAGUAGUGCUAACUUGUAAUGAGACUGUUGUUGUUUAUUCAGACACUUUAUUUUCUCAGUAUACAUGUAUUAAUAUUACAGUUCUCUGCCUUUUGCAUGAUAAUAACAGUUUAGAUUACAAAGAGUGUGCACCUCUUCUUAUGAUCAGUUUUCCUUAUCGUAGAAUGACCUUUUCUUUUGGACUUUUUGAAAAUUGUAUAUGAAAAAGGGUUUAUAAUGUGAUAUAUUGAGGAAUGCUCAAAACGGUCUUUACAUAUCUAUGUAUUUGUUUGCCAAUAAUAAUAAUAGUCUGUAGAAUGUUCUAAUUUUAGACUCAUUCUUUUUAUUGCAUCCCUAAUGGAAUACAAAUCAUUAAUUCUCAAUUUGGAGAAAGUCCUUCAUUUCAGCCUGUAAGAAUAAAAUCCUCAAAUUGAUUAUUCAUAUUUAUAAAGUUUCUGGGCACACUCAUUGAUACUUUAAAAUGGCUCAGUGAUGUAUGUAAAAUAUGUACACACCAGUAUUAAUAUGUGUAACAACAGGGUUUAUAAAUAAUAUUGUAGUAUAGUUUCAGACAUCUCGGGGGUCCUUUCCAACAACUGCCUCAAUACACUAAGUGGUGUUGUAUAUUUAUGAAUUUUGGGGAGAUACUGAACUGAAAUGACGAAUCAAUCUGGCAAGAUAACGAAAACACGACAUGACACCCACAAUUUGAACUUUGAGGAAGAGUCCGGUAUUUUGACUGGGAAACAGUAGAAUUGUUCACCAUGUGAAAUUUUGUAUAUGUAGUGGGUUGUUCAUCUGAUGUCUGUUAUCCUUUCGAGAAGUUUUGCAUCACUCAUUGUCUUCAAAUUAAAAUUUCAGAAUGCAAAAUGUA